AUGAAGCCUCGGUUCUAUUUUAUGGGCAUUAAACGACCUUGUUUACAUAAAAGUUUGAGUGCACACUCAUGUUCUAAAGUUAUUCCGGUUGGAAUUGACAUUAAUUAUGGACAAUCUAGCAUCAAUUGCUUUGAAACUUUUGGAAGAUAUAAGAUAUUAUUAGAAAGAAAGAGAGAUGUCUCUGCGAAUGACUUAUAUUUAAAACAAGUUCAUGAAUUACUCUUGUCCAGGUAUGAAGAAAGUGGUUCACUGAAUAAAAUGUUUCCUUCAUUUGAGAAGAAUCUAAAGACUUUAAAGACUUGGAAGAUUCUAGAUGCUUUAAGGGUUAUGAGGGGUAUUAGGGGUAUUAGGGUUAUAAGGGCUAUAAGGGUUAUAGGGGCCCUAAUGACUCUAAGGGCUCUAGGUGCUCUAGGUGCUUUAGGUGCUUCAAAGUCUUCAAAGAUAUCACAAACAUAA